UUCGGUGGUGAUGUGACGAAGAGAGCUUGACUAGUGGCCCAAAUUGCUGUCCAAGUGCCCCGCGGAUGAUGCGAAUAAGUAGGGAUAUGAGCGUCGCCAAAGUCAGAUGGCGCGGCGAUUAUCUACGUGUGGGUAUGCGUCGACGCUGCUCAGUCAGGCGUGCGCAGGUUGUGGGUCGCGAGUGAAAGAGCGCGUGGAGACGCCUGAUGGCAGGAAUCGAGUGAUGCGCGUGUAUAGCGACUACACUUGUGCACUCUCAGACGAGACACAAAUGAACAGUCGUGAGUCACGAGUAUCUGUUCCUUCUGCGAUCAGAUCUCGAUCGAUUGGCUUGCCCAGUGAUGCGGUCACAGCUAGGUGAGUGUUGGAGGUAGGAACGUGAGAAACGCAACAGCUAGGACACGCGCAGCCGCGCAGGUGGAGGAAUCAUUCGUGCUUG